AUUGAACGAGCACCAAACCGCCACGCUUAAUACGAAGAACACGGGAGGCCAGCCGGGUGACGUUAGCGCCGCUGCCGCCACCAUUUACGCAGACAGUCCACGAAAGAUAUCGGGUGACCAGUCAGCGCCGACCGCCUUCGAAGCAAGCGCCUCGGUCAGCACAGGGAGCCAGUCAUCAGAACGGAGCGCUAAUCAGUCGCUGUCCGUGUCACAGAACGCAACAGUGGACGCGGCCAACGCCUCGGCCGGUUCCACAGAAAUAAGCUUGCAGCCGUCGUCCGCUGGUUCGCUGACAUCAUCGUCAACGUUGACGGAGAUUCUCGAAGCCAUGAAGCACCCAACGUCCGGUGUCCAGCUGCUGACCGACCAGAAGGGCCUGUCUCCUUCGUGCUUCAUCUCCGCGGAGGUGGUCCAUUGGCUCACCAACACGGCGGACGGCGUCCAGACGCAGGCCAUGGCCAUCGACAUCAUGCAGAAGAUGCUGGACGAGCAGCUGGUCACUCACGCGUCCGGCGAGACGCUGCGCACUUUCAUCUACGGGUUCUACUUCUACAAGAUGGCUGCCGAGGACAAGGACCAGGAGAGAAUGGGCAUCCAGUCGCCGUGGCACACGGCGGCAGCAAAGGACGACUUCUCGUCCUUCCAGCGCAAGUGGUUCGAGGUGGCGUUCGUGACGGAGGAACCGCCGCUCCACUCCGAAAUCCCGGCGUUCCUGCUGCCAUGGCUGCCCAGCCGACCCGCAUCCUACGCCAGCCGCCAUAGCUCCUUCAGCCGCAGCUUCGGAGGGCGCAGCCAAGCGGCCGCACUCCUCGGUACGUACAACAAAAUGGCUGACCAGGGCCCACCUGGAUCCCGUUUAUUAUGA